AAUCCAUCGCGUAGCUUUCGUGUCUUCCUCUACACUCGUGCUCGCGUCUGUCCCCAUUCUCGGUACAGCGGAUUCACGCGCGAAUCAACGGCUACGAGCUUAUCUUGUAUCCCUAGCAACCAGCGACGCGUAAAGUGAGGAGUCAGCAAAAAUGAUGACGGGUGGGCGUCCGACGACGAUGGCGAACAGAUGAUCGUUGACACUCGAGUGUGUGACUGUUCACGUCGACAUGGACGAGAGCCUGGAACGUUGCGUUAAAUCCCUGGAGGAGAACACCGAGGAUGUGCGUGACGAAGCACGGCGCGCGCUGCUGAAUAUCUGCCAGAAUGUAUUAAGGUCGCCGGGCAAUUACAGGUCCCGUGAGCUGCGCCUCGACGAUGAAGUCGUCAUCGAGAAGCUUCUGCCAGCUGUCGGUGCUAUGGAGUGCCUGUUUGACGUCGGCUACGUCGAGGAUGGAGAACGGAUAUUUUUACCACGAAACACGUCCCUUUUGAAGCUGCAGAGCUUAUCGAGGCUACUAUCCACUACAAUAGGGAACAGCCCGAUAACCGAUGACAUCAACAAGAGCUCUACUGUACAGAAGGCAUUCUUCGACAGAAUUGUGGGACAUUUCCGCGAUGUUAUGUACUAUGAAAAUCCGAAUUUACAAAGAAAGGCCAAGAAAGUUGUGCCUAUUGUACAAUUAGAAAUUGCAACGAUGACGAAGAUAAGGGAACUACAAAAAUCCUUAAAGUCAAGCAAUGCAGCUGAAAUUACUUCUUCGCAAUUCGAGAUGGAAUUGAUGGCUAAAGAUUUAUUCUUGGUCGAGCUUUUGCGCUGGUUCAAGUAUGAAUUUUUCGAAUGGGUCAAUAGCCCGAUGUGUCCGACGUGCACCACUGAAUGUACAUACGAAAAUGUGAUACGAUCUACGAAUCCUCAUUGCUCAAGGAUAGAGAUACACAGAUGUCAAAAGUGCAAUAUAGUUGUCGAAUUUCCUCGUUAUACGCAUCCAGAACCACUGCUGACCCUGAGACGCGGUCGCUGCGGAGAAUGGGCUAAUGUCUUCACCCUUUUGUGUCGAUCGUUAGGCUACGACGCUCGAUUUAUUUGUGAUGAGACGGAUCAUAUCUGGACAGAGAUAUGGUCAGCGUCGAGCAAGAGAUGGGUUCACGUAGAUCCGUGUGAAAACGUCAUAGAUAAGCCGUUAAUGUACGAAAAAGGAUGGCAGAAGAAGCUGUCGUAUAUAAUAGCUUAUUCCAAGGACGAAGUGCAAGACGUCACGUGGCGUUACACGCGAGACCAAGAAGCCGUCAUGAAACGACGAAAAAUUUGCACCGAACAGAGUUUAAUACAUUUGCUCCAAUCGUUGACUGACCAGCGGCAAAAUUCCGCUGGUUACAGUUGCGCGCGUAGAAAGUACGUAGUCAAACGGAAAGUGUUGGAGCUUGCCGAUAUGUUAUAUGUUCCAAAUUUGCGAAACAAGACCGCUGACGAUGAGAUCUACGAAGGGCGAACCUCGGGAUCUCUUAUGUGGAAAUUGGCACGAGGUGAAAUUACACAGGCCAACAUGGGAAAGAGCUACAUUUGGGACAUUUCCAAAUACGGACAAGCGUUCGAACUGCAAUAUAACAUCGUUAAAGAUCUAUACCAUAUUGUGCAAAAUAACGAUACUGUUUUGGAGCAAAAAUCUGGUUGGCUGGAAGGGAUGAACGCUACAGAAGGUGGGAUCUUUCGUAAAGUGGAGAACGAUUGGAAGAUGGUUUAUUUAGCGCGAUCACCGGAGGCGGAAUACGGACGUGUUAAAUGGACCUUCGAGAUCGCGGAUUCCAAAAUGUGUUUAGAAACAUUUACUCUGACAGCUAAGACGGAGGUGUUUCAAGGUGCCAAAGUAUCCUGUGAGAUCGAAGCUGUUUUUGACAACAAGGCAAUUGUUAUAGCUGUUCCUAACUGCGAUAGUUUCCACACAGAGGAAGUGAGAAAUGCGGUGCGAUUGAACUUGAUCGUGACGUUGUGCGGCGGACAAGGUGCGGAAGCCUGGCAACACGCUCAACUCUUUCGGCAAAGUUUGGAUAACACCGAGGAACCGUCGAUGAUAAUUAAUAUUCAAUUGAAAAAUCAUUGUGUAUGAUUCUGAGUCUAUUCACUCUCAUUUUAUCGUUCCUUUCGUAGAUGAAAUUAUUUAUGUGAUCUUUCACAAUGAGAUUUACGUUAUAUAAAAUAUAUUAUUGUUUUACAUAUUAUUUGUCGUGUUUCAUAAAAAUAAGUAGUUGGUAUAUAAUGGUAAUUAAUCAAAUCAAUGUCAAACGUCUGCAUAAAUAAUAUAUAUUAUAAUGAGUAUAGGAGCAAGA